AUGACGGUAUUAGUCGCCACCAGCAAGGACAGACCGGAGCCGGAAAUCCUCCUCCAGUUCUCAACGCUGCAUAGACUCUUACGUGUCUCUGCCUGGUGCCUUCGUUGGCGCCGAACUCCUCGCCGUUCCCCCAGCACUGCACUGCUCCCGGACGAACUCGACUCCGCUCUACUCCGUUGGCUCAGGGUCGUCCAGGGAGUCCACUACCCUGCCGAGCUCGCCGCCGUACGUGAGUCUCGCUCAAUGCCUCACGGCAGUCACCUGGCCAGGCUGCACCCCUUCAUCGACGACAAGGGAGUCCUGCGUGUCGGUGGUCGCCUGAAACACGCCAUACUGACCUUCGAUGAACGACACCCCAUGAUAGCACCGCCCACUUCAUGGCUCACUAAGCUCAUGGUGGAAUCCUGCCACCGCCGGACGCUGCAUGGAGGCACGCAGCUCACUCUGGGGCUCCUCCGCCUCCGCUUCUGGGUUCCGCAGGGUCGAGCCGUGGUCAAGCGGAUCCUGCACCGAUGCGUGACUUGCACCCGCUGGCGAGCCAGCACUCCGCAGCCUCUCAUGGGCGACCUCCCUCGAGAGCGAGUUACUCCUGCUCGUCCCUUCCUGAGAACGGGAGUCGAUUACGCUGGCCCGAUAUUCAUCCGUACAUCCAAAGGACGUGGACAUCGAGCGCAUAAGGCGUUCAUAGCUGUAUUCGUUUGCCUUUGUUCCAGAGCGAUCCACCUUGAAGUAGCGUCUGACUACUCCUCAGACGCUUUUCUCGCCGCCUUCCGCAGGUUCGUUUCCCGCCGUGGACUGUGCGAGGAAAUGUACUCAGACUGCGGGACGAACUUUAUCGGAGCAGACAGACAACUCCGAGAACUUUUCCGAGCAUCUUCUCCCGACGGCCGUCGAAUCUCUCAGGCAGUCACCAAAGAGGGUAUAUCCUGGCGCUUCAACCCGCCUAGCGCCCCGCACUUUGGAGGACUCUGGGAGGCGGCGGUGAAGUCGACGAAACAUCACCUGCGACGGGUGAUAGGAGAAGCUACGCUUACCUUCGAGGAGAUGAGUACUCUUCUGGCUCAAAUCGAAGCUUGUCUGAACUCUCGUCCGUUGCAGGCCUUAUCUGACGAUCCGGACGACCUGUCCGCACUGACUCCAGGACAUCUUCUUAUAGGCGCCCCUCUGCUGGCGAUUCCAGAGCCUUCAUCGGCCGAACGUUCACCAAGUAUGUUGUCGCGGUGGCAACUCCUCCAGCGAAUGCGCGACCACUUCUGGCAGCGAUGGUCCCAGGAGUACAUCCACGCCUUGGCACCCCGUCCAAAAUGGCUCAAGGCCGAGCUCGCUCCGGAGGUCGGAGCUUUGUGCCUCAUCCGCUCGGAGUCAACUCCACCUGCCCGAUGGCCUCUCGCGCGUAUCAUCCGGUUGCACCCAGGAAGCGACGGCACUGUCCGCGUGGUGACCGUCCGAACGUCCACGUCGGAACUCGUCCGGCCGAUUGUAAAGCUCGUCCUCCUGCCGGGAGUCAAGGAGGCCCACACGCCCGCGGACGAGUAG